AUGAGUGAUGAAAAUGGCGAUGAAGGACAAGUAAUCAUUAAUGAUGAUAAUAAUGAAUCAUUUCAUUCGAUCUCGGAUGAUAUUUUGGGCAAUGAUAAAAGUUUGAAAAUCUUGACAAUGUCUGAAGCUGGGGAUGACGACGAUGCCCAAAUAGUUUAUAGUGAUAUAAAAACAAAACUUACUGAAAAGAUUAAGUGUGAGCCAGACAUUGAGAAUCAAUGCAAUUAUGGUACAUCAACAGAAGAUCUUAUGGUUACAUUCUCCAAACUUCAAUGGAAACAAGAAAAAAUUAAUUUCUUUUCUCCUUACCAGUUAGAUGGCCAGAUCGAUACGUUUUAUGUUGUUAAAAGAAAAGAUCAAUAUGGAAAUGAUUGCCGUAUGUCAGAUUUAAAUGCCUAUAAAAAUAAUAUUGCCAAAAAGCUCAAGACAGAAAUGAAACAGUCAAAAUUUUCUUCUACACCAGUCAACAAACCAAUAUCAACAAGUUCCAUAUUAGAAUUACCACGAAUACCCAAAAAGAAAAUUGAAGAAAAAAGCGUUAAACAACAUUCAUCAGUAAAAAGACUAUUGUCUUCUGAUACUUAUGCGCCGACAAAAUCUAGAGUUCAAACAGGUCGAGUCAUUAAAAAAAUGAAACAAAAGACAAGUCUAUUAAAACGUGUCAGUAGUCAAACAAAAGUUAAUCAGAGCAUGUUUCCGAAAUCGACAGUUCAAAGUUCAACAAACAUCGUUACAACAUUACAGCAAAGAAAUCCGAUCAUGAAUAAGCAGAGAAAAACUGAUACAAAAGUACUACAAAAUGUUUCGCCAUUCCUUUCAAUGCCGCUAAAAAGUUCUAUAGGGUCAUCAGCGAACACAGACAACAUUGUCGCAUCAUUAAGCAACAAACAAACAAUUAAACAUUCUUUAAACGAGCGAACUGAUAUAAUAACUCAUGAACGACAUGCAAUGCAAAAAAAAGCCCUAGAUGAAUCACAUUUUGUGAAGCGUCCACUAUCAAUUUGGGAUGUGGUCGAAGAUGUGAACAAUAAAAUUCCACAAGUAUCAACGAAAAACGAACAAAACAAAAGAGUAGUGAUCAAUGGUGUAGUGAAAGAUGGAAGAAAGUCAGUUCCUUCCUAUAAUGCUCAGAAAUCGUGCGACUCAAUGAAGAUGAAUAGCAAUAAAUCGAAUAAUCAGCCGUUAAUCAAACGUCUGUCAUCUAUCGUGGAAACACCCAAAAAACUUAGUGCAGCUAAUGAUAGUGGUCGAACUUCGCCAUUGAACAUUUUCGUCGGUUUGGGAGCAGAACAAAGAUCGAGUUUUUCCGACAUGAAACGAUUACCAUUGACAAUUAAUAAAACAGCAAGGUUAAAUGAACGAGUAAAAACAAAGUCAGACAUAAUUGCACGUAGUGCUAAAUUGCCACAUUCGACAAUUCAGUCAAAAAAAGAGAAAAUGCAUACAUAUAAAAACCCACUAGUCACAAAGCCACAAUUAUUCAAAUCGUUAUCAACAAAUUCUUCAUUAAAUUCUAUUCAAGAUCGUCGUCAAGUGAAAAAAAAAUCGUAUGAUCAUAAUCUAUUUUCGAAAGAUAGAAAACAAAAAGAAAAAGAAGUCGACAAAAAUUCUAGCGCAAAAUUUGUUGAAUCAAUACAACGAAUAAAUUUAUCAAAUAUUAUUAUAAUUCGUCGACAAGUACGAAAAAAAUCGUCAAUCGAGAAUAAAAAUCAUAAUUGUACCACAGUAAUAACAGCAAUGACAAAUUCACCCAAAACGUCAACAACAACAACUGGUCAUAUAACCAUUACACCAUUGAUUCAAACACAAUGUAAACGUUCCAAUAAUUAUUUUGAUGGUUGUAUAACAAUUGAUGAUGACGAAGAUAUUGAAGAAGUAUAUCUCAAAUGUUAUAAUAAAGCUUGUACAUUAUUAUACAAUAUUCGAGCACGUGAAACAUUUUUAGAUAACUCGUGUGAUUGUUCAGUGAUGCGUCUAAGAUGGCUAAAUACUCUAGAAAGUUUACUUAUUGAACAUAUUCAAAUAUCCUUUGACCUUUCUAUCUAUCCACAACGACAAGAAUAUCAACAACGCAAUCCAAAAAAUUUUUUCAAAAUUAAAACGGAAAUUCCUGAUGAUGAUGACUAUGCAUCAUCAUUAAUACCAACAACACUUAUAUCUAAUUCUAUUGUAAAAUGUGAACCAAUUGAGAAUUUGUUACCUCUUGUACCAUUGACUAAUAAACCUAAUAAAACAACAAAAUCAUAUAUGAUUGAAUCAAAAUUGGUGACAGUCGUAAUGCGUACAUUCAUCAAAAUGUAUUUAUUAAAAAGUUUUGAUGAUAGUCAACAUUAUAUUACAUUUACACCAUUUGCUAUUACAUCUUAUUUACGUUAUUUAUUAACUGAAAUAUCUUCGAGUCAUCAUCAUAUUAUUAAUAAUAAUGAUGUUGACGAAUGUGAACGAUGUAAGGAUUUUAAAAUACUUUUAUCAUCACUAUUUGAUUUAUUAAUCGAUUUACUUGAAUUUGAUGUAUGUGGCUUUCAAAAAAAGAAAUUUCGUUCAGAAUUAAUUGAAACAGAUUAUUUUAAUGAAUUUCGACGACAAUCUCAAUCAUCAUUAAAGCAACAACAGGCAAAAAUGGAUAAAAUCAAAUAUAUAUUCUAUCUAAUUGAAUUAAUUGGAGUGUAUUUAUUUCGUUUACCAUUGUCCUAUACACUAAAUAAAGCUGACGCAUAUUUUGAGUCAAUACAAUCGUGUAUGAAAUAUAUUUUACAAUCAUGGAACAGUGGAACAAAUGACAGUCUACAAAUUUGUUACAGUUCCAUGGAAUUGAUCUUACUAUUUACAGAAGAUAAACAAUGUCAUAUUAAACAGAUUGCAAAUUUUCUAGCUGAAUUAUACAUUACAUCAAACAAUGAAUUAGUAAAAAGUUAUUUAAUUUCCACGAUGAAAGUGAUUGGUGAUAUUCGAUUAUUAAUGAUUAAUCAGUUAAUAUUUAUUCAACAUGGUUAUCAUUUAAAAAGUUAUUCUCGUAUCUGCGAUUUAAUUUGCAAAAUCUUAAUCAGUUUGCAAUGUUCUCCAGUUACUGACACCAUCAAUGAUUUACAUAUUAUUUAUGCCCUAUUAUCGACGUACAGCGAUUUUAUAUUAGGUGAGAACAAACAUACAAAAUUUUGA